UGUUGUUGCAAAGCAAAUAAAUAAAAACACGCAGUUUUUAUUUUGAAAUUUAAAAAUUGUGUUAUUCUUACAAUUUUAAGUAAAUUUCCUAAAUUAUAUAUUAAGAAAAAAUAAAAACCAACAUGUCCACCCCCUCUCCUUCACCUUUGGCAGUAGAAAAUGGUCCUCAAUCCACACCGAUUUGUAUGAUUGUGCUCGGCAUGGCUGGCUCGGGGAAAACCACAUUUGUGCAAAAGCUUACACAAACCUCUUUUGAUAAAUUCAAACCUUAUGUGAUAAAUUUGGAUCCUGCUUGUCGGGAAACACCUUACCAUUGUAAUAUAGACAUUAGGGAUACUGUUAACUAUAAGGAGGUAAUGAAACAAUAUAAAUUGGGUCCAAAUGGUGGUAUAGUAACCAGUCUUAAUUUAUUUGCCACUAAAUUUGAAAAAGUUGUUGAAUUAAUAAGAAGAGCCGGACAACAGGGACACAAAUGGUGUAUUAUUGAUACACCCGGUCAAAUAGAGGUAUUCACUUGGUCUGCUUCGGGUACAAUAAUAACGGAGGCCUUGGCCACCAUGUUUCCCACCAUAGUAGUAUAUGUUAUGGAUGUAGUAAGGUCUGUAAGUCCUACCACCUUUAUGUCUAAUAUGUUAUAUGCCUGCUCAAUACUCUAUAAGGCUAGAUUGCCAUUUGUGGUGGUAAUGAAUAAGAUUGAUAUACAAGAUCAUGAUUUUGCUGUAGAAUGGAUGACAGACUUUGAGGCAUUCCAGGAGUCUUUGGAAAAGGAACAAAACUAUAUUAGCAAUCUAACACGCACCAUGUCAUUGACUUUGGAUGAAUUUUAUAGUGAUUUAAAAACUUGUGGUAUUUCUUCUAAGACUGGAGUAGGAUUUGAUCGAUUCUUUGCUUUGGUGGCUCAGGGAGCAGAGGAAUAUGAAAAAGAUUAUAAAUCGGAGUACAAUAAACUGCGUGAGGAAAAAUUAGCUGAACAGGCUAAGAAAACCGAACAAAAGCUAGAGGAAAUCGCUAAAAGUAAAGGCAGCGGCAGUGAGGUUAUGCUGACUGGGUUUGUGGAAGAGGUCUCCUCAGGACGUGAACUUUCCGAUGUCUAUUUAAAACAUCCUGGCAAUGAAAGUUCCGAAGACGAAGAAGGUCAAGAGGAAGAAGCUCCCACUUUCAAUGAAGACCACGUGGAAGAACAAAAUUUUCAACAAUUCGUGCAACAACAUAAAGAUCAUUUGGCUUCGAAGAAAUAAAUAUUUGUUAAAAAAAAAAAAAAUGAGAAAAGAAAAACUAUAUAAAAUAAAACACUUGUUUAAAUAAAUGUCUGUUUAUUUGAUUUCA